CUUGAUCUCACAGCUUUGUGAAGACUUCUUCUCUGAUAAUGUCAAGUUCAGGCUACCCUCCUAACCAAGGAGCAUUCAGCACAGAACAGAGUCGUUAUCCUACUCACUCUGUCCAGUACACCUUCCCUAGCACCCGACACCAGCAGGAAUUUGCAGUUCCCGAUUAUCGUUCGUCUCACCUCGAAGUCAGUCAGGCAACCCAGCUCUUGCAGCAGCAGCAGCAACAGCAGCAGCAACUUCGGCGCAGGCCUUCCUUGCUUUCUGAAUUUCACCCAGGCUCUGACAGGCCUCAGGAAAGGAGAACUGGAUAUGAACAGCAAUUUCAUCCAGGUCCAUCUCAGACAGAUCAUGAUUCACUGGAAUCUAAGCGACCACGUCUUGAACAGGUCUCUGAUUCCCAUUUUCAGCGUGUCAGUGCAGCUACUGUCUUGCCUUUAGUACAUCCUCUGCAGGAAGGGUUGAGAUCUGCGGAUAUUAAGAAGGACCCGGCUUUUGGAGGAAAGCAUGAGGGACCAUCUUCUCCAAUUUCUGGUCAGCCUUGUGGGGAGGACCAAAAUGCUUCACCUUCAAAGCUGUCAAAGGAAGAAUUGAUACAGAGCAUGGACCGCGUAGAUCGCGAAAUUGCGAAAGUUGAACAGCAAAUCCUUAAACUGAAGAAAAAGCAACAACAACUUGAAGAAGAAGCUGCUAAGCCUCCAGAGCCAGAGAGGCCUGUCUCCCCUCCUCCAGUGGAACAGAAACACCGCAGUAUCGUCCAAAUUAUUUACGAUGAAAAUCGGAAAAAAGCAGAAGAAGCUCACAAGAUUUUUGAAGGUCUCGGUCCAAAAGUUGAACUGCCACUUUACAACCAACCGUCAGACACGAAGGUCUACCAUGAAAACAUCAAAACAAACCAGGUGAUGAGGAAAAAGCUAAUACUAUUCUUUAAAAGAAGAAAUCAUGCAAGGAAACAACGGGAACAGAAAAUCUGUCAACGUUAUGAUCAGCUGAUGGAGGCAUGGGAGAAAAAAGUUGACAGGAUAGAAAAUAAUCCACGCAGGAAAGCUAAGGAGAGCAAAACAAGAGAGUACUAUGAAAAACAAUUUCCAGAAAUCCGGAAGCAGAGAGAACAGCAAGAACGAUUCCAAAGAGUUGGUCAAAGAGGGGCUGGACUUUCAGCAACUAUUGCUAGAAGUGAACAUGAGAUUUCUGAAAUCAUUGAUGGACUUUCUGAGCAGGAGAAUAAUGAAAAACAAAUGCGUCAGCUCUCUGUCAUUCCUCCCAUGAUGUUUGAUGCAGAACAAAGACGAGUGAAGUUUAUUAAUAUGAAUGGUCUGAUGGAGGAUCCCAUGAAAGUUUAUAAAGACAGACAGUUCAUGAAUGUCUGGACCGACCAUGAGAAAGAGAUUUUUAAGGAAAAGUUUGUCCAACAUCCCAAGAACUUUGGUCUAAUUGCUUCAUACCUGGAACGAAAGAAUGUUCCCGACUGUGUAUUAUAUUAUUAUUUGACCAAGAAAAAUGAAAAUUAUAAAGCCCUUGUGCGAAGGAAUUAUGGUAAACGCAGAGGAAGAAACCAGCAAAUUGCUCGUCCUUCUCAAGAAGAAAAGGUAGAAGAAAAGGUAGAAGAGGAAAAAGCAGAAAAAGCAGAGAAAAAAGAGGAGGAAAAGAAAGAUGAGGAGGAAAAGGAUGAGAAGGAAGAAUCUAAAGAGAAUACCAAAGAAAAGGACAAAACUGAAGUUGCACCAGAGGAAACCGAGGAAAGGGAGCAGGCCACUCCUAGGGGCCGAAAAACUGCCAAUAGUCAGGGUCGUCGUAAGGGCCGAAUCACCAGAUCAAUGACGAAUGAAGCUGCACAAGCAAAUGCUGCUGCAGCUGCAGCCACUGAAGAACCACCGCCGCCUCUUCCACCCCCACCAGAACCUUCUUCUGCAGAACCUGUGGAGACAUCCCGCUGGACGGAAGAAGAAAUGGAAGUUGCUAAGAAAGGCCUAGUGGAACAUGGACGAAACUGGGCAGCGAUUGCCAAAAUGGUUGGGACGAAAAGCGAAGCUCAGUGUAAGAACUUCUACUUCAACUAUAAAAGGAGACACAAUCUAGACAGCCUCCUCCAACAGCACAAACAGAAGUCUUCACGAAGGCCCCGUGAGGAGCGAGAUGUGUCACAGUGUGAGAGUGUAGCUUCAACUGUGUCAGCUCAGGAGGAUGAAGAUAUUGAAGCGUCUAAUGAAGAAGAGAAUCCAGAAGACAGUGAAGCAGAACCUGCUAAACCAAGUGAAGAAACUCCACCUGAGAGUGCUGCUUCAAAGGUAACCACUGAAGUGACAGCAGAACAAGAAUCUACCGUUAAACCUGCAACCAGCUCGUCUCCCUCCUUAACAGCCCAAAGUGUAUCAACAGCUGAAAGUCAGAACCCUGAGCCACAGGUUAAGGAAGAAAUAAAUAAUGAGGCAGAAGAGCCUAUGGAGGUUGACAGUAGAAGCCAUCCAGUUGAAGCUAAGCCUGUGAUUACUCUUCCAGUGCAUACCAAAGUAGAACCUGUAGAGACUGAAAUGAGGCUACCAGAGAAUAUUCAAGUGAAAAUAGAGAGUGAUACCAAAGAGAGAGAUAUGGAGAAACCCAAGGAAAAGUCAGAACCAGAGGAAAUGGACUAUAGCCUGUCACAGCAAGUUAAUACAGCAAGACAAGAAUCCCAUUCAGAUAAUGAUUCGAGUGCCACCUGUAGUGCUGAUGAGGAAGUUGAUGGAGAACCUGACAGACAGGGUAUCUUCAGCAGGGAUUCAAAGCCCUCACUGUUAAAUCCCACUGGGUCAAUACUGGUAUCAUCCACGAUAAAGCAAGGGCAGAUGGACCUGCAACAGCUUCACCACCGAGCUGCUGUCAUACCACCUAUGGUUUCUUGCAGUCCCUGUACUGUUCCUGUUGGAACGCCGGUGAGUGGUUAUGCACUCUAUCAACGGCACAUUAAAGCAAUGCAUGAGUCAGCACUGCUGGAGGAGCAACGCCAGAGGCAAGAGCAGCUGGAUAUGGAGUAUCGAAGUGCUGUAAGCCCUUGUGGCACUUCCAAGAGCCCUAAUGUUGAGUGGGAAGUUCUCCAGCCAGCACCUCACCAAGUAAUAACCAAUAUACCUGAAGGAGUCCGCCUUCCAACAACCAGACCCACCAGACCACCACCGCCACUCAUUCCAUCCUCCAAAACAAGUGUGCCAUCAGAAAAACCUUCCUUCAUCAUGGGAGGCUCAAUCUCACAAGGAACACCUGGCACUUACUUAACAUCCCAUAGUCAAGCCUCCUACACCCAAGAAACUGCAAAGCCAUCAGUGGGUUCUAUAUCUCUUGGGCUGCCAAGGCAGCAGGAGUCAGCCAAAUCUGCUUCCCUGCCUUAUAUCAAACAAGAAGAAUUCUCUCCCAGAAGUCAGAAUUCCCAACCUGAGGGACUCCUGGUCAGGGCACAACAUGAAAGUGUGGUUCGAGGUACCACAACGAUACAGGAGGGAAGUAUAACGCGAGGAACUCCAACCAAUAAAGUUUCUGUUGAGACCAUUCCUUCUUUGAGAGGCUCCAUAACUCAGGGUACACCUGCUCUGUCCCAGUCUGGCAUAGCAGCUGAUGCGUUAUUGAAGGGAACUAUCACCCGACUAGCUACAGAAGACAGCAGCCCAGAAAAGUGCCGAGAGGAAGCUUCAGCCAAAGGCCAUGUUAUUUAUGAAGGCAAAAGUGGGCAUAUUUUAUCUUAUGACACUAUUAAAAAUGUUCGUGAAGGAACAAGGAGUCCAAGAACUGCUCAUGAAAUUGGUUUAAAGAGAAGCUAUGAUACAAUGGAAGGAAAUAUAAAGCAAGGAAUGUCAAUGCGGGAGUCUCCAGUGUCUGCACCGCUGGAAGGUUUAAUAUGCCGUGCACUGCCUAGGGGUAGCCCACAUGCUGAACUAAAAGAGAGAACAGUGUUGUCUGGCUCUAUAAUGCAAGGCACACCAAGAGCAACAGCUGAAAGUUUUGAAGAAGGCUUGAAAUACCCUAAACAGAUUAAGAGAGAGUCACCUCCCAUAAGGACAUUUGAAGGAGCCAUUACUAAGGGGAAACCAUAUGAUGGAGUCACUACUAUAAAAGAAAUGGGUCGUUCCAUCCAUGAAAUCCCAAGACAGGACCUGUUAAGCCAGGAGAGUCGCAAGACUCCUGAAAUGGUGCAGACGACCAGGCCAAUCAUAGAAGGCUCCAUAUCUCAGGGCACACCCAUAAAAUAUGAAAGCAACUCUGGCCAGUCUGCCAUCAAACACAAUGUAAAAUCUUUAAUCACUGGACCAAGCAAGCUACCCCGUGGAAUGCCUCAGCUGGAAAUGGUGCCAGAAAACGUGAAGGUGGUGGAGCGAGGAAAAUACGAAGAUGUGAAGACCGGGGAUGCAGUACGUUCCCGUCACACGUCAGUAGUCAGCUCUGGUCCCUCUGUUCUCAGGUCAACUCUUCAUGAAACUCCCAAAUCACAGCUGAGCCCUGGGAUUUAUGAUGAUACCAAUGCUCGGAGGACACCUGUGAACUAUCAGAGUCCAAUGUCCAGGAGUUCACCUAUGAUGAAUAGAGUUAGUGAGGCUGGAAUAUCUUCUGGGAAGUCAGCAAAUCACGAAAGGAAAAACACACUUACUCCGACACAGAGGGAGAGCGUGCCAGCAAAAUCUCCAGUCCCAGGGGUUGAUCCUGUAGUGACUCACAGUCCUUUUGACCCUCAUCACAGAGGAGCAACUCCUGAAGUCUAUAGGAGUCACCUUCCUCCUCAUUUAGAUCCUGCAAUGCCAUUUCACAGGGCACUGGAUCCUGCUGCUGCUGCUUACCUGUUCCAAAGGCAGCUCUCGCCCACCCCAGGCUACCCAAGUCAGUAUCAGCUUUACGCAAUGGAGAAUACACGACAGACAAUCCUGAAUGACUACAUUACCUCACAGCAGAUGCAAGUGAAUUUACGUCCUGAUGUAACAAGAGGGUUAUCUCCUAGAGAGCAAACUUUAGCUCUCCCGUAUGCAGGAGCAAGAGGAAUUAUUGACCUGAACAAUAUGGCUCCCACUAUCUUAGUGCCUCAUCCUGGAGGAACAAGCACACCACCCAUGGAAAGAAUCACAUAUAUCCCUGGUACCCAGCUUACGUUCCCUCCCAGGCCUUACAAUCCUGCUUCUCUGUCACCUGGACACCCUACACAUCUGGCAGCUUCUGCAGCUAGGGAACGCGAGAGAGAGCGGGAAAGAGAACGAGAACGAGAGAGGGAGAGAAUAGCUUCAGUCCCUGCUGAACUUUAUCUUCGACCAGGUACAGAGCAGCCUGGCAGACCUGGCAGUCAUGGAUAUGUUCGGUCCCCAUCUCCUUCAGUUAGAAGCCAGGAAAACAUACUGCAGCAAAGGCCUAGUAUUUUUCAAGGAACCAAUGGGACAAGUGUAAUCACACCUUUGGAUCCUGCUGCUCAGCUACGUAUCAUGCAGCUCACCCCUGGAGCUCCCUCUAUUACUCAAGGGUUGCCAGCUUCCCGUUAUAAUACUGCUGCUGAUGCCCUUGCAGCACUAGUAGAUGCUGCAGCCUCUGCUCCUCAGAUGGAAGUUGCCAAAGCAAAAGAGAACAAGCACGAAGGUACCAGGAUAGAAGAGAAUAUGGCACGCCGGUCAGCUGUGGUUACUGAACAGCAGCAGAUGGAACAGAAGACACUGGAGGUAGAAAAGAGGCCUGUCCAGUGCCCCUAUACAUCUGCAAACUUUUCUGGUGGCAAGUCCCAGGGACAGUCUUCAUCAGUAGUCUAUUCAGAGGCUGGUAAAGAGAAAGGACCUCCUCCUAAAUCCAGGUACGAGGAAGAGCUGAGAACUCGAGGAAAGACCACAAUUACUGCUGCUAACUUCAUAGAUGUGAUCAUCACUCGACAGAUUGCUUCAGACAAGGAUGCACGAGAUAGGGGCUCUCAAAGUUCAGAUUCUUCCAGUAGUUUAUCCUCCCACCGGUAUGAAGCUCCUGGAGAUGCCAUUGAGGUGAUCAGCCCUGCAAAUUCACCUGUACCUACUCAAGAAAAGCUACAGCCCUAUCAACAAGAGACACCUAAACCAAGUCAGGCAGAGAAUGACCCAAACAGGCAAUAUGAGGGGCCGAUUCACCGAUAUAGGACACAACAGGAACCCCCUUCACCCCAACAACCUCCACCUCCCUCUUCCCAAGCAGAAGGGAUGGCACAUGUGCCCAGGACCCAUCGACUUAUCACCCUUGCUGAUCACAUCUGUCAAAUUAUUACACAAGACUUUGCUAGAAACCAAGCAGCUUCUCAGGCCUCUUUGCAGCCUCCCACCACUACAUUCCAGAAUUCCACCCCUGCCCCAACACCUGUUUCUACCCGGGCAAAGACAUCAAAUCGCUACAGCCCUGAGUCACAGUCGCAGUCUGUCCACCAUCAGCGGCCAGGUGCUAGAGUGUCACCUGAAAAUCUGUCUGACAAGUCCAGGGCAAGACCUGGAAAAUCUCCAGAGAGGAGUCAUGUCUCUUCAGAGCCCUAUGAGCCAAUCUCGCCACCUCAGGUCCCGAUUGUACAUGAGAAACAGGAAAGUGUUCUUUUGCUUUCCCAAAGAACUGAGCCUACUGAACAGAGGACUGACUCUCGCUCUCCAGGUAGUAUAAGCUACCUGCCUUCGUUUUUCACCAAACUUGAGAACACUUCACCAAUGGUAAAAUCCAAGAAACAGGAGAUAUUUCGAAAGCUGAACUCAUCUGGUGGAGGUGACUCUGACAUGGCAACUGCUCAGCCAGGGACUGAAAUAUUCAAUUUGCCAGCAGUCACUACCUCAGGUGCAGUCAGUUCUAGGGGUCAUUCCUUUGCAGAUCCUGCCAGUAAUCUGGGUCUGGAAGACAUUAUUAGGAAAGCAUUGAUGGGAAACUUUGAUGACAAGAGUGAGGAACAUGGAGUUGUAAUGUCACAGUCCAUUGCGGUAGCACCUGGCAGUUCCAGUGCUGCAGUAUCAGCAAGUAAUGAGACGCGUAGGGAAGAAGCUAAUCCAUCACCAAAUUCAGGGGGAGUCAGCAAGCAGAAGCUAAUCGGCAAGUCAAAUAGUAGGAAGUCAAAGUCUCCGAUUCCUGGACAGGGAUAUUUGGGAACCGAAAGACCUUCUUCUGUCUCAUCUGUACAUUCAGAAGGGGACUACCACAGACAGACUCCAGUGUGGGCCUGGGAAGAUAGGCCUUCAUCAACAGGUUCAACACAGUUUCCUUACAACCCAUUGACGAUGAGGAUGCUCAGCAGUACGCCGCCGACAUCCAUUGCGUGUGCCCCACCGUCCAUGAGCCAAGCAACCACUCACCAACAGAACAGGAUAUGGGAGCGAGAGCCUGCACCACUGCUUUCAGCACAAUAUGAGACUCUGUCUGACAGUGAUGACUGAACUAUGCAGAUUUUCUUUUUUUU